AUAAAGUCACACAUUGAAAGCUGAAAGUGAUCCAAAAGGAUGUGAUCUUAAAAAAAGUGAGAUUAAAACAAAGUUUAAUUAUUUGCCUGCCUUUUUCAAGCAUCUCUUCCCCCAUACACACUUUUACAUUUGAGGAUAAUGACAAUAGUUCACUUACAUUAUUUUGAAAUUAUCAACAAAUUUAUCAUUAUAAUACUUUGGAAUUGAAGACAUCAAAAUUUUUUUUUUAAAAGACAUCACAACUUUAAUUACAUUGUUAUGGAAACUUUCUUCGUUGUUUGGAAUAGUCAAGAGGCUCUCUGAACUCUACACACUACUCUCCUCUCCUCUCUGCUCUACUUUCUCUCUCUUUCUGCGUGUAGGAUACAACGAAAGCCUAAAGCUGUGUGUGCUUGGACCUUUUGGUUCUCUUCUCCAAUGUUGUUUUCAGCAAAUCAUCAGAGAAACAAUAGAGUCUCUGCUACAAGCAAGAACAAGACUCUCAACAACGUUUCUUCCAUUUCAUCCUCAUCAUCUCCUUCACAUCCACAAGACUCUCAAUCCCAGAAGAAAUCUCUAGUCACCAUGGAAGAUGUUUGGAAAGAUAUCAACCUUGGUUCCAUCCAAAGCCAACAUCCACAAGGCAACCAUGAGCCUAGGUUUGGGAGCCACAACCACCAGAACCAAAACCCUAACUCCAUCUUCCAAGAUUUUCUCAACAGGCCUUUGAACCAGGAACCAACAAUACCCACCGGCCUCACCAUGAGUUCUUCCUCAAAUGGAGAUACCACCACUGUCACUGCUCUCUUGAGCAGCCCCCCUUUGGCACCUCCUGCAACUGUUCUGAGCUUGAAUUCUGGAGCUGGCUUUGAGUUUCUUGAUAACCAAGAUCCUCUUGUUACCCCUAAGUAUAAUCUGCAUAGCCACAAUCACCUCAACACCUCUUUUGAGGCUCUGGUUACACCGACUUGUUUUGGAAAGAAAAGAGGCCAAGAGUCCAAUGGAGAAGGUUCAGGGAACAGAAGAAAUAAGCGUAUGAUCAAGAACAGAGAAUCUGCAGCUCGUUCCAGAGCUAGAAAACAGGCUUAUACAAACGAGUUAGAGCUUAAAGUUGCUCACCUAAAGGCAGAAAAUGCAAGACUCAUGAGACAACAAGAUCAGUUAAGAAUGGAGGCAGAAAAUCAGCAACCUAAAAAGAACACACUUCAAAGGGCUUCCACAGCACCAUUUUGAGAGAGCCUUUCAUGAGAAGUGGAAAAAAUGGAAAAGUUUGUUCCUAUUUUAUUAGCUAUAAUUAUAACUAAGCUAAAUUUGUAGAACCUCAAAAGAUCUUGCAGAGGAAAGAAGUUGUAAGAAAAGAAAAACUUAUGAAGAGAAAAGGAUCUUUCCAUUUCCUGAGGCACAGGAACACCUGUGGUGGGUCUCUCUCCUCUUGUUCUUGUCAUUUUCUUGUUCACUUCUACUUCUGUACUAACUUCUACUUGUAUUAGUGUUACUUUCCUUGUCGAAUACUAAUUUAAAAUUGUACCAGUUAUGUUUUA